GAAUCGUGACUUUCAGUUUCACCACAACCCCUCAGCCAAUGGUGCCUUCUUCCCUGUCCGCAUGCUGAACUGCCUGUGAGGACACUAUGACGUAUACAUUGUUUUGCAAAUUCACCUCCCCAUAUAUAAGAUCCUCUUUGGAGACACUUCCUACAUCCUUCAUCUUAUCACAACCACACUACAACAACAAUCCAACAGCUUCCAAUACUACUUCUUUCUCCUUGAAAGAAUCACUUGCUCCCUUCACUACAUUACCAUUUACACUCACAACACAACUUCAUAAUGGAGAAGAUCAAGGCUAAGGUCGAGAACGUCCUCCACAAGGACAAGCACGAUACCACUGCUACCGGAUCUCAUUCCACUGGCACUCACACUACCGGUACUCACACUGGCGGUGUCACUGGCCACAACACCUCUGGAACCACCGAGUACUCUGGUAACACACACGGCCGCUCUGACCCAACUGGCCCUCACGACUCUCACCUUGCCAACAAGGCUGACCCUCGUGUCGACUCUGACCAGGUCGGAGGAUACGGAAACACUGCCAGCACUGGUGGAACUCAUGGCUCUGACCCCACUGGCCCUCAUAACUCUCGCAUCGCCAACAAACUUGAUCCCCGCGUCGACUCCGACAAUGUUGGAAGCUAUGGAAACAAGGGUGCUGCCGCUCAGCACACUGGCAAUGUCCCCACCGGCGGUUUGACUGGUGGUUCUACUGCUUCCCCUCGUGAGGGCUCCCUUGGAGGCCAUACUCAUGGCACCACUGGUGUUACUGGCACUCAUGGCACUCACGGCACUCACGGCACUCACGGAACUACUGGCGGCUACUCUGACCCCACUGGCCCUCAUGAUUCUCACCUCGCCAACAAGGCCGAUCCCCGCGUCGACAGUGACCGAGUUGGUGGUUAUGGAAACACCACCGGCACUUACGGCACCACUGGCACUCACGGUACCACUGGUGGGUUGACCGGUGGUACUCACACUGGCACUCAUGGAACCACUGGCGGUUACUCUGACCCCACUGGUCCCCACGACUCUCACCUCGCCAACAAGGCCGAUCCCCGCGUCGACAGUGACCGUGUUGGUGGUUAUGGAAACACCACUGGAACUCACGGAACCACUGGUGGAUUGACCGGUGGAACUCACACUGGCACUCACGGCACCACUGGCGGAUCGACUGGUGGCUCUCACACUUACGGUACCACUGGAAAUUACUCCGACCCUACCGGCCCCCACGACUCUCACCUCGCCAACAAGGCUGAUCCUCGCGUCGACAGCGACCGUGUAGGUGGAUACGGAAACACCACUGGAGCUGGCGGUCUUGGUCACAGCACCAACCCUGGCCCAGCUUCCAACACUGCUGGUCCUCACAACUCGAACCUUGCCAAUAAGCUCGACCCCCGCGUGGACAGCGACCUUGAUGGCUCCAAGACCACCGGAGGCAACCGCACUUACGGCUAAAUGCUUCUUAUGACGGAAGGAGAAUGUAAUUAUGAUAUCCCCGGCUUAAUCGUGGAAGUGGCCACUCUUCCCUGACUCUAUUUUCAACAUUUGUUUGACUUCUGAGAUCACCAAAUGAUGUAUUAUGAUUAGCUUAAAAUGAAUUCAAUGACCCUUUCACGGUUCUUUACGUUCAA